AUGGAAUCAGUAACGAAUUUACUAGGAAAUAUCCUAUCACUAGAUGAUGAAACUAAAGCCAAUAGUAGCAAUGGAGCCAAUACCAAGCUGAAUCAGACACAAUCGACAAUGUCGUCAUCACUGACGCCGAUUAAGAAACGCCGAUCAUUGGAUUUAGAUUUCAGCUCGUUUUGGAAAGAUAAAGAGGGCGUUACGGGUGAUGGAGAUAGUCUAGCAACAUCGAAAGCUAAAGCAAACGCCAUUGCAUCUACAACUGGUACAAAUGCAACAAGCUCUUCUGGUGGGGCAUCAUCCGAUACAUCCGGUGCUGGAACUACUACUAAUGCGGCUGCGGCUGCUGCCUCUACUGCUUCUGCUGCUGCUGCAAGUACUGCUAAUGUCUCCGCCACAAGUCAAAAUUACUAUGCUGAUAAAUUAAUGGAAAAAGCUAUAUCCAUGAUUAUACCUAAUGAAAUUUAUGAUGAUCAAACCAACAAAAUGUUACAGGAUCGCCAAUUGAUGGCGAAGUUACGACCACCGCUAAGUUUUGCACUAAUGCAAAAGAACUCCAAUAAUCUACAUCAACGAAACUCGGAUAUUUACAUAUUCUUUAAUCAUGUUUUGAAAUAUGUCAAUUGGAUGGAUCCGUAUUAUACUCUUGGAAUAACAUUGCUCAUUACGCAUAUGAUUUUGAAACCAGUGCUAUUUAUAUGUUUACCAUGGGCAUUACUAGUGGUGAAUACGCUAAUUCCUCAUUAUUUAAUUAUUUACCCCACGGAUACCAGUUUCAAUAAUGAAUAUCUUGAAGUCAAUCCCUACCCACUGCAACAAGCUUUAGAACCAGCAAAAUUACCCAAACCAGUUCCAUUAUUUAGUAAAGAAUUUUUCAUGAAUUUAACUGAUACGCAAAAUUUCAUGACUUUACAAAGUCACAUAUUUGAUUUUCAAACUUGGUUAUUUGCUGAUUAUUUAUAUUUUAAAAAUGAACAGAUUAGUUCAUUUAUUGUGUUGAGUUGUUUGUGUGUCAUUGGUGGGCAUUUGCUUUGGUUCAAUCUGAUUGUUAUGUUUUUGUUGAAUCAUACUUGGAUUAUCAAGCUAUGGUGGGUGAUUUUACUCUGGGGAUUUAUUAUUGCCAUGCAUCCUAAUCAAAGAUGUAAGAUCUUGUCAUGGGUCUAUGAAGAAGAUACUAGAUUAGAUACUCAAAACAGAGUCAAUAAAAUUGAAGAUAAGUUAACUUCAAUCUUGAUUGAUGAUGGAUUACAACUGGAUUUGCAGUUGAAUAAUAAUGAGGAUGCUAAUUUUAUAUUUGGUAAAUUGGUUGAAGUUUAUGAACUACAGAAAUUAAAUCAAGAAACCAAGAUUUGGGAAAUGGUUGGGUUUACUCCUGACUUCUAUUCUAUUAAUGAUGGAAUAAGAAAGUAUAACCAUACAAUUAGGCAACUCAAUCAAGAGAUUGCUCGUGCUCAGAAUAGUAGUGGAACUGCAGUCGUUGAUGAUGAGGGAAAUGAUGAUGUUGUUGCGCCGACCGUUAUUGAACCCAAAUCCAAUGUUGGUGCUAUUGGUGGUAGUGGAGGCAUUGGCCAUGAACACAAUUACCUCACAUUGACUAAACGGGAAUCAAUCAAUUUAGUUAAACCUCCCCAAGGUUAUAAAUUCAUUCCUCUGAGUAGAUGGACUAUAGAUUAUGAUGUCGCUGACUGGGUUCAAGCUAAUUUUAUUCAAGAUUUAGUCGUCAUUGAUGAUGAUGAAAAAUGGGCUUAUGAUGUAACGAUACAAAAUAUAACUAUCGAUAAUACCACUACUAGUGAGGAGAAGGCGAAAAAUAGUAAUGAUAAUGAUAAUGGAUAUAAUGAGAAUAAUUAUGGUGGCGACGAGGCGCCAAAAGUUGAUCAAUUGAGUGAUCUUUACGAUGGUGAAAUUUAUAGAAGAAGAAGAUGGUUACGAUACGUGGCACGUGAAACUUAUAAAGACAUAGAUCGUCCACCAGUCCAACAAUCACAUCUUGCUUCAUGGGUAACGUAA